CGUUACCGUGCCUCGAACGAUCGCGCUCAUGUGAACCAAGCGCUCCGCCCAUCGCAGAAUGAACUGUCUGUGGCUGUUAGUGAUCACUGUUCUGUGUUUAAGGUGCGAAGCUGCCAGCAAGCCUCGGAGGGGACGGGGCAGUAUGUGGUGGGGCAUAGCCAAAGCGGGAGAACCAAAUAACUUAUCGCCGAUAUCGCCGGGAGUUCUAUACAUGGAUCCCGCGGUCCACGCCACGCUCAGGCGGAAACAAAGACGGCUAGCCAGAGACAACCCUGGCGUCCUGUCAGCGGUUGCCAAGGGCGCCAGCAUGGCAGUGGCCGAGUGCCAGCACCAGUUCAAAUUUAGAAGAUGGAACUGUUCGACAAGAAACUUCUUACGAGGAAAGAACUUAUUCGGCAAAAUCGUUGACAGAGGUUGUCGUGAAACGGCGUUUAUCUACGCGAUAACGAGCGCGGGGGUGACGCACGCGGUGGCGCGCGCGUGCGCAGAGGGCUCGAUCGAGUCGUGCACCUGCGACUACUCGCACAUCGACCGUGUGCCGCACCGCACCCGCGCCGCCGCUGCCGCCAACGUACGCGUCUGGAAAUGGGGCGGCUGCAGCGACAACAUCGGCUUCGGCUUCAGGUUCAGCAGGGAGUUCGUCGACACCGGCGAGCGUGGCAAGUCACCUAGAGAGAAGAUGAACUUGCACAACAACGAGGCUGGCAGAGCGCACGUGCAAACGGAGAUGAGGCAAGAGUGCAAGUGCCAUGGCAUGUCUGGCUCGUGCACGGUGAAGACCUGUUGGAUGAGGCUUCCGAGCUUCCGCUCUGUGGGCGACGCGUUGAAGGAUCGCUUCGACGGCGCGUCACGCGUCAUGGUGUCCAACACCGACUUGGAGGCGCCCACGCAAAGGAACGACGCCGCGCCACACAGGGCGCCGCGGAGAGAACGGUACAAGUUAAAGCUUCAGCCGCACAACCCGGACCACAAGUCUCCCGGGUCCAAAGACCUCGUAUACCUGGAGCCGUCGCCGGGCUUCUGCGAGAAGAACCCGCGGCUGGGCAUUCCCGGCACGCACGGGCGCGCGUGCAACGACACCAGCAUCGGCGUGGACGGGUGCGACCUAAUGUGCUGCGGCCGCGGCUACCGGACAGAGACCAUGUUCGUGGUGGAGCGAUGCAACUGUACAUUCCAUUGGUGUUGCGAAGUUAAAUGUAAAUAUUGCCGCACGGAAAAAGUGGUGCACACGUGUUUAUAGGCCACCGGACGCCAAUGUUGUGAUCGAUGAGAGACAUUUUAGUGCUGGACGGUUGUGACUGUGACUCAGACUCGAGAGUGGACCUGUUUUGUACUCCCAGAUAACGGACCGUGUAUAUAAUCACUUCACUUUUUCAUCUAUCGGAGUCGUCGAAAUCGUAUAUCAUGUUGACGUAUGUAAAUAGUUCUGUAUCACUGUUUAUUUCUUCUUUUCUACGCGAUAAUUGAUCCGGCGUGAAAUUAAAGUAAGCUACUCGUUCGGUUAAUUUAUUUGGCUAUUAAGUGCGAACAUGUGAUCUAGUAAAGUUAUUUUUUUUGUGGACACUGUCGUUUGGAAAUUAAUGAGACCAGUUUAUCGUCGAUUUAUUUAUGUCGCGCUGUCAUCGCCGUUUUAUAAAGAAAUUGGGCUUAUUUGUUUCCACUCGGAGUCAGCUUCGUAAUUUAUUUAUAGUACACUUGGGCCUGUGAACGGCGGCCUGAAUGCUCCGAGGAGACGCUCCUAUGAAAUUUCAAGACUUUAAAUGAUAUUUCUUAAUAUCAUUCCAAAGUUAAUAUUGUUUUCGAAGAAUUUAUUCGCAAUCUACAGCGGCGGCCAUAAUCAUUUGAGUUUUAUAAAUACUUUCUAUUUUAUGCCGCAGCGCGUCGAGUGCGUGGUCGCAUAACUGUUUUGAGAAUCAACAGCAAAAUUAUCUUGUAAUUAUAAUUUCAUAUAAUAAUUAAGCCGUUUAAUGGAAUUUGUGGCUUAAUGGCAUUUGCAUAAAGUGUCUUCUUGGGUGUUCAGGCGCGGAGGUUGCGUUUGGCCCUUAUCAGUAAGCCAGUAGCGCCAUCGUAAAAGUGUCCCACAUUACGAGAUAAACGCUCUCGAGAAUUUUAAUUAAAUAUUAAACGAAUUAAAUAAUCAGUAUUAUACGUAUAAUAUUGUAUGCGUGUUGCGUCCGAUAUUGAGCGAUAAGGACGCACGCAAGUCUGUCUGACACUUGUUAUGGCUCAUCCUCCAACUGAUCUUAGUUGUUAAGUGCAUGUUAUGUACUGCCUGUUGCGAGCAGCUAUCGUUGUUUCAACGCAUUUAUAUAUUGUUAGACAGAACGUGUCGCAAACUGUUGACUUGGUGACUGGAAAUUCCAAAACAUUUCUAAACUGUCGCAAAACUGUUCUUCAAUCCCUCGCUCAAAAUUACAGACGAAUCGCUUGACUGAUGUUCUUUGGCACUAUUGUCCGACAAAAUGUGACACAAUUUUGACAUUCCAAAUUCGACAGUUUGCCAGUUAAUGGGAAAGCUUUAUUAAUGGUAAAAUUAUAUCAAGAUAAAUGAUAUUUCAUAUGUGAUAUAAGCAUAGGUAGCUCGUAAGAAUUAGCUUAAUACUGAGCCUAAAUAUGUAUUACGUGCAGCGAGCCUACUAACUCGAUAUGUGUUUAAGCGAAUAUUUAUUAAAACUACAUUAAGUUAAUUUAUAUUAUUUUACUUUAAAAAUGACAAGUUUUUAAAGUAAAGUAAUUUAGUUUUAGAGAAAAGUCCGAUGUUAGAACAAUCGGUGUUUUCGAAAACAGGUAUCUUGAACUUUUAUUGUCACUAAUUAAAACACAAUUAACUGAUACUAAAACUCAGUGACAAAGUCCCAGUAAUAAGAACUGAUACCGCGUCGGAUUUAAAAGACUGAAGUUUUUUUUUUAUUUUUGUAGUGUGUAAUAUCCGCUGGAUAUGGAAUUGUUUACAAUUUUAGCAUGUUAAUGAAUGUGAUAACAGUAUUUUAAACUAACAUUAAAAUCAAACUAUGAAUUCUGGUUGUAAUCGGUGCCAUUUUACCUUUGAAAACAGAAAAAUCCUUUUUACUACUGACAUUUUGCGAGUUUUAAAUGUUUUUAGCCCCAUCAAAUUGCCAUUUCAAAAUCAUUUUUACGCAUGUAAAUAUACCUUUAUACGAUAUUUUUAAGUUAUUUAUGUGAAUGUAGCUUUUUAAAUUUGUUAAUAUAGGAUUAACUUUACAAAUGAAAUCUGUUGAUACCGUCUGCAUCUCAAAUCUUAUUGUUGUAUUUUAUGUACUUUUAAAUAUAUAAAUAUAUCGUCCAGGGGCCGUAUUGUGAAGGCGGGGGGGAGGGGGGAGUUGACACUAUUAUUACAUAUUGGUUGUACAUUAGCAGUAUCUAUUUAUAAUUAAAAUAUUGAUUAGUUGUUACUAAAAAUACAAAAUUGAUCAAAAAAACAU